CGACUCAGGGGAAAGUUCCGUCUGAACGGAAUGCAGAAGAAUGGGGAUUUGAUUCUGGGGGGUCUGUUUGAGGUCCAUUUCCUCAGCGUGUUCCCUGAGCUGUCUUUCACAUCAGAACCAGAGCAGCCCUACUGUGAGCAGUUUGAUAUGGCAAGUUUUCAGCAAGCCCAGACCAUGGUUUUUGCAGUCGAGGAGAUUAACAGAAACCCCAACCUUCUCCCCAACAUUACCCUGGGUUACCAUCUCUAUGACAACUGUGUAAAGCUUGGGGUAGCAUUCCGGGCAGCAACUGCACUGGUUAGUGGGACAGAAGAGUUGAUUUCAAAUGGGCACUGUAGCGGGUCACCCCCAGUGAUCGGCAUUGUGGGGGAUCCAGGCUCCACACACUCUAUUGCCAUCUCGAGUGUGCUUGGACUUUUUCGUGUGCCUAUGGUGAGUUACUUUGCCACUUGUUCGUGUCUGAGUAAUCGACACAGGUAUCCCUCCUUCUUUCGUACAAUCCCCAGUGAUGCCUUCCAGACCAGGGCCAUGGCCAAGAUCCUGCAUCGUUUUGGCUGGACCUGGGUUGGCCUCAUUUACAGCAAUGAUGACUAUGGCAUCCACGCCGCACACUCCUUUCACCAAGAUGUGGAGCACUUUGGUGGCUGCGUGGCAUACUCUGAGGUAUUGCCAAGAGACAACAAUCAGGAGGAUGUGAGCCGUAUCGUAGGAGUAAUUGGCACCUCCACUACCCGUGUUGUUGUGGUUUUCUCCACUGAGGCCUACCUGCUCCCACUGGUAGAUGAGGUGGUGCGACAGAAUGUAACAGGAAGGCAGUGGAUCGCCAGUGAGGCUUGGGCCACUUCACCAGUUUUCCUCACCCCACGCUUAGUGCCCUACCUUGGGGGCACCUUAGGCAUUGCCAUCCGCCGAGGUGAAAUUGCUAGACUACAAGAGCAUCUGCUACAUGUCCUCCCUGAUGACAAACCUGAGAACAAUAUGCUCAGAAUAUUCUGGGAGGAGAUGUUUGGUUGCAGGUUCAGAAAACAGGAAAGAGAGAGUGAGAUAGCAAAAUUGUGUACAGGCUAUGAAAACCUUGCGAGUACAAACACAGCAUACAGUGAUGUAUCAGAGCUCAGGCCUUCUUACAAUGUAUACAAGGCAGUAUAUGCUCUGGCACAUGCCCUUGACGACCUCCUGCGCUGUAAACCUGGCAGAGGGCCCUUCAGUGGACACAGCUGUGCCAAUUUCCACAAUCUGCAACCCUGGCAUUUAGUCUAUUACCUGCAGAGGGUGAACUUCACUACAACCUUUGGAGACCACGUGUCCUUUGAUGAAAAUGGUGACGCCCUGGCCAUCUAUGAUGUCAUGAACUGGCAAAGGCAAUCAGAUGGAUCAAUAAAGGUUCACACUGUGGGCAUAGUGGAUGAGGCCGCACCCAACGGGAAGGUGUUGACUCUUGACGAGGACAAAAUAUUUUGGAAUUUUGAAAACAACGGUCCUCUAAGAUCCGUGUGCAGUGAUAGCUGUCCUCCAGGCACCAGAAAGGCUACGAGGAAGGGUGAGCCAAUUUGCUGCUUUGAUUGCUUGCCCUGCGCAGAUGGAGAGAUCAGCAAUAUGACAGACUCUGUUGAGUGCACCAUCUGUCCAGAGGAAUUUUGGUCAAGUCCUGACAAGGACCGUUGUGUUCCUAAAGAGGUGGAGUUCCUCUCCUACAAGGAGCCUUUGGGCAUCUCCUUGACAACCGCUUCACUUCUUGGUGCCUGCUUCUGUGCCGGGGUACUCAUUGUCUUUGCCCGGCACCGCCAUACUCCGGUGGUACGUGCCAACAACUCAGAGCUCAGUUUUCUGCUGCUACUGUCACUCAAACUCUGUUUCCUAUGCGCCCUCUUGUUCAUUGGCCGGCCGCAGCUGUGGACGUGUCAGCUUAGGCAUGCAGCUUUUGGCAUCAGCUUUGUGCUGAGUGUCUCCAGCAUUUUGGUGAAAACCAUGGUGGUGAUAGCUGUGUUCAAAGCCUCAAGGCCAGAGGGGCAAGGGACCAUGAAGUGGUUUGGGGCAUCACAGCAAAGGGGAACAGUUCUUGCCCUUACUGCCCUGCAAGUGGUUAUCUGUGUGGUCUGGUUGGCCACUGCCUCUCCAGCUCCCCAUAAGAACAUGCGUCACUUCAGCUCCAAAAUUGUGUAUGAGUGUGCAGUUGGCUCGGUGGCUGGAUUUGCCACAUUGCUGGGCUACAUUGGCCUGUUAGCAGCCAUCUGUUUCCUGCUGGCCUUUUUUGCCAGGAAGCUUCCAGACACAUUCAACGAGACUAAAUUCAUCACCUUCAGCAUGUUCAUCUUCUGUGCCGUGUGGGUUGCCUUCGUGCCCGCCUAUGUCAGCUCACCAGGGAAGUAUGCAGUUGCCGUGGAGAUCUUUGCCAUCCUGGCCUCAAGCUUUGGCCUCCUAUUGGCGAUAUUUGCCCCAAAAUGUUACAUCAUCCUUCUGCACCCAGAGAAAAACACCAAAAAAGCCAUCAUGGGACGGGCACCUCAAAAGAAAUAA